AGCAAUUCCACAACUUGAACCUUCGAGCAAGUUUCAAUGACAUAUAAUACAUGUACCAAAUAAUACCUGCUUAGAAAGUUCCCAGUGACUGAUAUGCUCUCAGUGUGCAGCCGAAUGCCCAGGUUCGAAAUCAGCCUCAUAGGUGUGCCUCCCUCAGGACGUGAGCUUUGCCUUAUGGAGCUUCAAUUAAAAAAUGCUCUUGACUACAGGUGUAGCUCUCCUAAUGCUAGUCCAGAGCUGAUAAUAUAUCGAGCGAGAGACCAGGGGGACUGCAGGCCUGCUGUGGACUACAAGCAGAGGACGGCUGAUAAAUCUCUGACAGGAGGCUGGAUACCAGCAAUUAACAUAUUUGGAACGGAGUUGCUUGAAAGAAUAGCGGGAUUCGGUGUCACUCAAAACUUGAUCACGUACCUCACAGGCUAUAUGCACUUGAGUCUCGACUUUUCUGCAAACGUGGUGACCACAUAUGUCGGCGCUUCUUACAUGUCCUUCAUCGUCGGAGGAUAUGUCGCAGACACCUGUUUGGGCCGUUUCUGGACGCUCAUUUUUGCCAUUCUGACUGAAGUUAUCGGGCUGGUUUUACUGACGUUCACAGCAACAUUUCCAUCACUGAGACCACCAGAGUGCACCGAUGAGGACGAACUGAAAGGGAUUUGCAGAAAGGCCGACCGCUGGGUUAUGGCCGCGGUGAUGUUGGGACUCUCGUUGGUAGCUCUGGGGAUCGGGUCAAUAAAAUCAUGCGUGUCGGCUUUCGGAGCAGAUCAGUUUGACAUACUGGAUCCACUGGAGAAACGAAGGCUGCCGCAGUAUUUCAACUGGUUCUUCUUCGUGGUCAGUUCCGGAGGCCUCAUGGCUGUCACGCUGCUUGUCUACAUGGAGACCAGGCUCGGAAGGGGAUGGGGAUUCGGCUCGCUGGCCAUUAUAAUGCUCUUGUCGCUGGUCCUCUUGGUGAGCGGUCGAAAGACGUACCGCUACAGAAACCCGACGGGCAGCCCCUUGACGCACACUCUGCAGGUAGUGGUAGCAGCGUUUAGAAACAGGAAGUUCCCCCACCCUUCCACCGAAGAGUUUCAGAAGGACGUUCUCUUCUACGUCGACGAUCCUCAGGCCUACCAACAGCACUACGACAAGCACAAGAGCAAUUUUCUGUUCAGGUUUCUGGACAAAGCGCCGGUGGUGCGGAAGGGAGCCGAAGGCGAGCGGAGGCAGGGCGACUGGCACGUGGCGUCAGUAGAGAAGGUGGAGGAGGUGAAGCGCAUCUUCCACCUGAUCCCGACCAUGAGCACCAGCUUCCUGUACUACACGGUCCUGGCGCAGAUGCUGACCUUCUCGGUGGCGCAGAGCGCGACGCUGGACCGGAGACUGGGCCGCGCCGUCGAGAUACCACCUGCGACCGUCGGGGUCUUCCUGCACCUCACGGUGCUGCUGGUCAUUCCGGCCUACGAGGCACUCCUGAAGCCGGCCGUCCGGCGCCGCACGGAUCACGAGACCGGCCUGAGCAUGCUGCAGCGCAUCGGCGUCGGCCUGGUGCUCUCGGUGCUGGCCAUGGUCACGGCCGCCGUGGUCGAGCGGCGGCGCCUGGCGGUUGUCGCGGCGCUGCGGCUGGAGUCGCAGCCGGGCAGCCGGUUGCCCAUGACCGUCUUCUGGCUGCUGCCGCAAUACUGCCUGGCGGGGCUGGGCGAGGUGUUCGCCUACGUCGGGCACAUGGAGUUCUUCUACACCGAGGCGCCCAAGACCAUGCGCACCGUCGGCACGGGCUUCUUCCUCCUCACGCUGGCCAUGGGCUACUUCGCCAGCAUUCUACUGGCUCAUGGCCUGCCUCGCCGCCGUCAACGUCGUGCUCUACGUCGCCGUCAGCCGCCACUACACCUACACCAACGAGCUCGACUCGCGCGACGACCACAGCAGGCGGUGGCUGGUGCUCGAGCACCGGAAGCCCCGGUGGCCCUCCUGGGCCUCCUCGCGAGGAGAGCCCGACGGCGGAAGGGCCGGCCUCCGAGUUUCUUCAGUGGCUCUGGCCAUGGCUGCGGCUGCGGAUGCUUGGGAGUCGCCAUCAUCUGGGAACCAUCGAGAGGGCGGGGAGGUGUCGACGGCGGCAUCGGCAGCAGAUGCGUUGUAGAAGCUGGAGAAUCCACUUGGCGAGCUUCUGGUGCUCAGGAACUCGAUGGCACCUGCUGCUGGGGUUGACCCCGUGCCCUCAGACAUGCGACGACACCAUCCAUGCUCCGCGUGAAUUGGAAGUCCCGUGAUCGUCCGUUCGUUCGACACUGACGAUCACUGACGUCCGUUCGUUCGACAACACGUUUGUGGAUUUCGUUCACAUCGAGCGGUCGUUCGGCACGCACGACGCCAGGCGAUUUCGUUCCCGAUUCAUGGUCAGAUACUGGGGGCGUAUCAUCCUUUGUAAUGAUGAGUUCUCUGUACCCUUCAUUCUACUACUGCAUGAAUCUGCGGUGUCUGAACUUCGGGCUGACAGAUUGGCCAGAUUCAACAUCCUCGUUUUGAAUCCUUUCCCCCUGCAGGCGAGGCAGGGGGAAGUCGUGGUUCAUGACACAGGCUGCUGUCCACGCCACGGAUUUGAAGGUCGAUGGAUCUUAUUUGAUCUAGCAGAGCGAAGCUUCUACUUCUCAUUUUCUGCUAGGCUAUUAUCUUCCGUCCAUUAAGACUAGAUUAGACACAAUCAUGUGCAUCCGGACCUCGGUCAGCUUCAGUUUCUAUCUGGACAUUCAAUAGGGAAGGGAUGAGUUCGCCUACUCUGGCAUGUGUUUGAUAGACCCAUCAGCGGGAUGAGAAGGUUGGCUUUAGCCAGAUGUGCAUUAAGAGAGAAAAGCUGAAGUGAUUCUGAUGAUAGCUGCAGUUAAAAUCACCAACUCGCCAACAAACUCACCACGGCUUUGCUUCGGGUAGCGGUAAAAGAAUCUGAUAAUUCUAAGAGGA